AUGGCGCCCCGCAAUAUGUUGUCGGCGGAAUCGGCGGGGCAUCAGAGCCCGUUCAGCCGGUCGUUCACCUCCAGCUCGCCGAUCGCCGCGAGCGCGAUUGCCCGCGAUCUUGCUCACUAUGCCGACGACGAGUCCAUUACCCCCGACGAUGCCUCUGAGUCUUCAACCGUUCGUCCCAUCAGCAGCCAUGCCGGAACCAACCCACAUUCGCUAGCAGGGUCCUAUCGCCGGCCGUCCUACUUCACCAACGUGAAUCAUGCCACCGUGCUCCCCGCUAACGGGAGUUACCAGCCGCUGACUCAAGAGGAGCGCGAGCAAGCGAUCGAAGAGGAGCGACAUCUACUGAGUGAUAACAAGGUGAUCGCGACGGAACACCGGACGGGCCUGCAGCAUAAACUGAGCGGCCUCUUCUCGGGAACCUCGGCCCAUGGCAGUGCGUCGAAACCAUACGGCACGAUCCAGAGCUCCGGGGAACAGAAUACGGAGACGACAGCCCUGCUGGGGUCAGGCUCUCCGGGAGACAAUGACUUAGGCCCAGAGGAGAUCGAUCGGAAAUGGGAGGAAGCGGUGAUAGCCGGGCUGAUCAACACGACCUGGAAACGGGAAGCAAAGGUGAUCGGCCGAUAUUCAGCCCCGCUGAUGGUCACUUUUCUCCUGCAGUACUCCCUGACGGUGGCGAGUAUAUUCACUAUUGGCCAUUUGGGCAAGGAAGAGCUUGGCGCUGUCAGUCUGGCCAGUAUGACUGUGAGCAUCACGGGUAACGCCGUGUACUCAGGAUUGUCGACGAGCCUGGACACCCUCUGCGCCCAGGCGUAUGGGUCUGGCAAGAAGAAGCUGGUUGGUCUACAGAUGCUGCGGAUGAUUUACUUCUUGUGGCUGGUGACCAUACCUAUCGCCCUACUCUGGUUCUUCUCAGAGCCCAUUCUCAAGAAGAUCGUUCCCGAAGAGAGAGUUGCCGAGAUGGCUGGCUUGUAUCUCAGAGUUGCUCUUCUGGGAACCCCGGGCUAUGCAUGCUUUGAGAGUGGCAAGCGGUAUCUCCAGGCUCAGGGCAAGUUCUCGGUAUCACUGUGGGUGCUUCUUGUGUGUGCACCGUUAAAUGCAUUCAUGAAUUGGUAUUUUGUUUGGAAACUCCAAUGGGGCUUCAUUGGUGCACCCAUCGCCGUGGCAAUUACGGAAAAUCUCCUUCCAAUUUGUCUAUUCUCCUACAUCUACUUCGCCGUUGGCUCUGAAUGCUGGUGCGGUUUCACCCGUCGAGCCUUCGAUAACUGGGGUCCAAUGAUCCGCCUUGCUCUACCUGGCCUGAUCAUGGUGGAGGCAGAAUGUCUUGCCUUUGAGGUGCUGACGCUGGCAUCGAGCUACCUGGGCACAUCCGCGUUGGCAGCUCAAUCUAUUCUCUCAACUAUCUCUAGCAUUACCUGGCAAAUUCCAUUCCCGUUGUCCAUCGCGGGCAGCACGCGAGUUGCGAACCUGAUUGGCGCGACAUUGGCGGAUGCGGCCAAGACGUCGGCCAAGGUCAGCUUUUGUGGGGCCGUCAUCGUUGGCUUGUUCAACAUGGUCCUUCUUUCAAGCUUGCGCUCCUACAUUCCCAUGCUGUUCAGCUCCGACGCCGAAGUCAUCGAAAUUGUUGCGCAGGUUCUUCCCCUGUGCGCUGCGUUCCAGCUAUUCGACGCACUUGCCGCAAAUUGCAAUGGAAUUCUACGUGGCUUGGGUCGCCAAGAGAUUGGCGGCUAUAUCCAAUUGUUCUGCUACUAUGCUGUUGCCAUGCCUAUCAGUAUGGGACUGACGUUCAAGUUUGACUGGGGGGUUGAGGGUCUUUGGACAGGUGUUGCCAUUGCCCUUCUUCUGGUUUCGAUCACAGAAGUGAUUUUCAUCAGUCGCAUCAGUUGGGAACGUUCGGUCGAGGAGGCUCAACAACGGAAUGAGUUGAUUUGA